CUUCUGCCAAUCGCCACACAUUCUCUCUCCUCGGAAUUUCCGCUCUCGCCGCAUCGAAAGUCUCAAUAUAUUCUCCCCCUCCCCUCUCCGCCACUCCUUCAUUCUCCUUACUCUCUCCGACCGAUGGAGAGGUUAGCCCUCCACUCCUUCUCCACAGCCACCACCACUUCCUUCUCCCUCUCCUCCAGCAAUUCCCUCUAUCUCCGCUCUAAACCCAUCUGCAGAUCAUCGCCUUCCGUCAUCCCCAACUCUUCAUUCUCCACCCUCCGAUCUUCCCUCAAACCGCUUUUGUUUUCUCCUCUGCCCAAACCCUCCAAAACCCAUAUCUCCCCUGUUCGUGCCACCUCAAAAGAUGACUCCUUGCCACUCCAAACGCCAUCUCCAGCUCCAUCCCCUCCUCAAGGAGCUAAACCAAUUGCUUUCUUUAUAUCCAUCGCAAUUGGGCUGAUUGUUCGCUUUGUUGUCCCUAAACCCGUAGCAGUAAGCCCACAAGGGUGGCAGCUUCUGGCCAUCUUUUUGUCUACAAUUGCGGGUCUGGUUUUGAGUCCGUUGCCGGUUGGAGCAUGGGCGUUUCUCGGCCUGACAACCUCCAUAGUCACUAAAACACUUUCAUUUUCGACGGCCUUUGGCGCAUUCACUAACGAGGUGAUAUGGCUGAUUGUCAUUUCCUUCUUCUUCGCUCGCGGGUUCGUGAAGACGGGUCUUGGGGACAGGAUUGCUACUUAUUUUGUGAAGUGGCUGGGAAGGAGCACAUUGGGGCUGUCGUAUGGGUUGACGUUCAGUGAGGCUCUGAUGGCGCCUGCCAUGCCCAGUACUACUGCAAGGGCAGGUGGAGUUUUCUUGCCUAUUAUCAAGUCCUUGUCUCUGUUGGCCGGGAGUAAGCCCGGAGAUCGGUCUUCCAAGAGGCUUGGGAGUUAUCUCGUUCAGACACAGUUUCAGAGUUCAAGCAACUCUAGUGCCCUUUUCCUGACUGCUGCAGCUCAAAACAUGCUGUGCCUCAAAUUAGCAGAGGAAUUGGGAAUCGCAAUUGCAAACCCUUGGGUUUCUUGGUUCAUGGCUGCUAGUUUACCAGCUUUGGUUUCUUUACUAGCUACACCACUUAUCUUAUACAAGCUUUAUCCACCUGAAGUCAAAGACACACCAGAUGCCCCUGCGAUGGCUGCCAAGAAACUAGAGACCAUGGGUCCUGUUUCAAGAAAUGAAUGGAUCAUGAUGACAACGAUGCUACUUGCAGUUUCUUUGUGGGUCUGUGGGGAUUCUAUUGGUAUACCAAGUGUUGUGGCUGCAAUGAUUGGCUUGUCAAUACUCCUUUUGCUGGGCGUGCUUGAUUGGGAUGAUUGCUUAAGUGAAAAAUCAGCAUGGGAUACUUUGGCAUGGUUUGCUGUUUUGGUGGGCAUGGCAGGGCAACUGACAAACCUUGGUGUUGUAACCUGGAUGUCUGAUUGUGUAGGGAAGUUGCUUCAGACUCUUUCUUUGAGCUGGCCUGCUGCAUUUGGUGUUCUUCAGGCAGCGUAUUUCUUUAUCCACUAUCUAUUUGCAAGUCAAACUGGUCAUGUUGGUGCUCUAUACUCUGCAUUUCUAGCAAUGCACCUGGCUGCUGGGGUGCCUGGUGUAUUAGCAGCUUUGGCAUUAGCUUACAACACAAAUCUUUUCGGUGCUUUAACACAUUAUAGCAGUGGUCAGGCAGCUGUAUACUAUGGAGCUGGUUAUGUAGACCUACCUGAUGUAUUUAAGAUGGGUUUCACAAUGGCCCUCAGCAAUGCUGCCAUCUGGGUAGUUGUUGGAACCUUCUGGUGGAAAUUUCUGGGUCUUUACUGAUAGAAUUGUCUUGUAAGUAUACAUCUUCCCUGCUGUAACAUGUCCACUGGGGAAUAGUAUUUUUUAUGGCCAUCGUUUCAAUGGAUUGUUGAGCUCAACAACUAUUUCAAAGAAAAUUUUACGAAGUUUAGCUUCAGCUUCUUUUAUUUGAUGUUAAGUCUUUUAUUAACAUCUCUUCAAGUCGUCUGGGAAUAGGCAAGUCCACAUUUCUUCAAGUUAAGAAUGUUUAUUCUAACAUGAUUGGAUUAUCUUGGCAUUCAACCCAUUUUCCCAUUUCUUUUCUUUUGGCUUGUCAGACACUAAGAAUGCUAUAGCUUGUAGAAAGCCUAAAGUUAAAUUCCC